GUAGCAACCAAUCAGGCUUCACCACUACCCUCGACUCCACGAGUGCGCAAUUCUUUCCACUUGGGGUGGAAAAAAAGGCGACUUUUGAUAUUUGGUAUAAUGGGUAACGUUUUAUGGUGCACAACAACAGCGGUCAACGUGUGCAUCUGUUGGCUCCGCGGGUCUUCACCGUAGCGGAGCCGCGACGCGAGCAAUCCCGCAGCAACGCCGUUCAUCUCGGGCCAGCAGCUGCCGCAGCCCCGCUGACUUUUGGAGCCAACAUGGCGGAGGACGACAACGAGUGGGUGGUGGAGAGCAUCGUCGGUUACCUGGGAAGUCCCGAGUGGGUCAUCCCUGUUACGGACUUCAUGGAGCACAAAUGUACAGUGUUUGAUGAUGAAGAUGAAAAUAAGUUGGCGUAUACAGAAAUCCAUCAGCAGUAUAAAACGUUGGUUGAGAAGCUUUUAGAGAAUUAUAUGCUGGAGGUGGGCAUCAAUGAGCAGCAGUUUUUGGACGCGUGCACCUCCCCUUUCGCCAAGUCAAAAACAGUGCAGUCUGUAUUCCAACCAGUCCUUGCUACAGACGAUUUCCAGUUGUUUCGCUCUUUGAUGGUCCAGAAGAACAUGGAGCUGCAGCUUCAGGCGCUGCGGGUCAUCAAGGAGAGGAACGGAGCGCUUCCUGACUGUCUGACCGAUGGCGAUGAUGUGAUGACGGAGUUGCAGCAGCAAGAAAUGAAAAUCCUGCAGGAAGUCCUCAAAAAGUCCAAAGAGGAGUACGAUGAGGAAAUGUCAUUGAGGUCGCUGCUGGAAGAGGAGUGUUCUACAUCCAGUGGCGAAGCCCAAAAGACCACCUUUACAGCUCCAGCACAAGAUGGCAACACUGCCAAGGCUCAGGCCCAACUUGACAAGCACUGCACAGACGCUCACCGAGCACAAACAAUGAACGCAAAGAGCGCAUCCAUUCAGUCUAACCAGACCAUUGGCAAAACUGCCCAAAACACCAAGAACAAAAUGUCUGCCACAGCAGAUGUUAAGCAAGUGGAAAAAAGCAGCUCCUUCUCCUCUUCUACGCGUACCCCUGGCAGCAUUGAUAGCAGUGCGGAGCCCCGAUUUCUGCCGCCUGUAAGACAACCCGUCAGCGCCGAGCAGAAGGUGGCGGAAUCGUGCCUGGAGGAAGCGCACAAGGAGGCCGGCUUCGCUCAGCCUUACAAUGAACUGUCGACAUCUCAGCAGGAGAGUCUCCAGCAGAGGGCGUCCUACUUGCGCGAGCAGCGCGACAAGCUGCACGCGCUCAAGAAGGAGCAACGCGCCAAGCAGGUCGACCAGGAGGCGCCUUGCUCUCCCUCCUCGCCCGCAACUCCUCCUCCGCUUCCAUCCUCUGAGAUUUCAACCGAAGAGCGCAAGAAGCUACAGAAGAGAAAACACCUGGCAGAUAAGCUGAAGGAGGAAGUCAUUAAGAAAUGAGCUCUGUGUUAAAAACGUGCAUUCUCACCUAUGCUCUUCCACAGCAUCACACAGAUCUUGAACGUGUGUUGACACGGCCCUCGCGGUGUAGCGAGUUCGGGUAAUUCCACGCAUAGUAGUUACAAUUGCUUUCGAUGCGAAAGGCGCAGUGAUUCUUGGCGGGUGAACUUCACAAUCAUUUUUACACACACAAGCAGUAUUUCACCUAGUAUACAUACAAGCUUAGAUGCCAGUUACCCCAGCUCGUCGUGCAUGAAAGUUACUGAGCGAUGCGGCUGAAAGCGGACAAAGUGCAAAAUUGUCACUGCACGUCUGCUGAUGUUAUUGAGGGUUUUGAGGUUUCACUUAUACACAAUAUACACUUACUCGUGUUUAUCGAACCACAAAACAUUAUGCGAUUUGUCAAGGAAGAUGCAGAACAGAAGAGUGCUGAAGGCUGUACUGCAUAUGAGAUUAGAGUGGAGCAUUAUCAUAAAACUAUAUGUGCUGUAUACACCGGGCACUUCAAUAAUACAGCCAGCAGGCCAGACAGAACCAGCCAGUAAAGAAGUUCAAUCAAGCUUUGAGGAAUGAUUUUUGCUAAUUUAAGUUUUCAGGUAAUGUUUUUAGGCCAAUUUUGUCCACUAGAGGUCACAUUAAUGCUUCAUUUUAUUUCUGUGAAAGGGAUUUUUGAUUGUAGGAAUAUUCUGAGACUGACUACAGGUAGUGCCUGGGUCUCGAUUUAAGCGAUUUUGACUUUACGACGAAGGAAUCUCGUCCGCCAUUUUGUCUCGUUUUUUUUUUUUUUUUUUUUUUGGGGGGGUCGCUUAAGCAGUACCUUAUUAUACCUCACAGUAUCUUAUUUUUUUUUUAUAUGACGUGUUCUUCACUACAUGUGAAGAUUUUCAGCUUUACAGGCAGCAGACACAUUUUCGAAAUUGUGCUUUUUGAAGCUUUUUACUUUUAACAAUUUGUAAAGCUAACACACAUAUGUACACUUAUGUUCAAAACGACACGCAUUUUAACAAACACUUGACACAAAACAAUCGGUGUUCAAACAUUCAUCUAGUCUGAUCGAUAUGUAAAUCUAGUUAAUUAAAUUAGCCUGAUGUGCCGAACAAAAGUGUUAGCUUAAAUGCUGUAUAUGCUAACGUAUUUACAAUUUUCAUAGCAAAUCGCUCUCACGUAAAUCCACAAACUGUAGCUCAAAACUUAAUUACAAAUGCAUAGACAAACAUAUAUUAGCUGAAACAACUUACAGCCUUAUAUGGGCCAAAUUAGAGCGCAGCAAUCCUGUAUCCAUGUCAAAUCUGAGUCUGCUUCUCAGUUAUAUAAGGCGACACAGUCCAGCCAGACCCAACGCUGCCACAAGAGGGCAGUGUAUCCUCUACUAUUAAAAUACAAUGCCUUUGGACUUUUUUGGAUAGUUUUUUUUUAGAUUUACUUAAACGGUUAAUUCCGACUUGCGCGGAAAUUCGGAUUACGUUGCCAGUGUAGGAAUGGAACUCGUUCGUAACCCGGGGACUACCUGAAUUGCCAAAUGUCAGUCAAAACCUUAAGGUUGGUUUGGUGGAACUGUUUUUUUUUUUUUUUUUUUUUCCCCCUUAUCCAAUGCCACGUCUUGUGUUUGUAUGAAUACAAUUACUACAUAGCAGAGCAGUACAUUAAAUUACAGUAUAGUUUGUAUAGUGUAAUAUAUCGGUCGCUCAUGUAUAAAUGUAAAACCAGCUUACCAUAACUUUCUGACUAUAUGAAUCACCCGACUAUAAACUGCACGUGUCCACAUUGUAUUAUGACAAAAAGACAUGGAGCUCAAUAGCCUGUAAAAAUCCUUAAAUAAACUACACUGGACUAAUUGCAGUAAUAUGGUUAAAAUUCAACUUAAGUUUGCCAUUAUCUGUAAUAAUGAUCAAUAAAUAUAUUUUUGCAAUGUGGUUGACUUGUUCACACGAAAAAAGAAAAAGAAAAAAAAACCAGGGAAAAUUUUGGUAUCCUGAAUUCCGGAUUAUUCAAUCAGUUUGACACCCCUUGGAUUUAUAUAUCCUUUGUAACAUGCUUUAAAUUGAUGAACUUGAAUAUUUUCGAGAGAAAAGCAAAUACAUUAUCCCUCUCAAACAUGAUUCAAAAUUUGAAUCCUCACAAAAACCAUAAGUGCGAUGGUUCCGUCGGGUUUGGCCACUUAGCUCGAAGUGUAGACAUCUUUUUUUUUUUUUUCGUGCUGGCCAUCUAAUUUUGCAAGCGUUGGUCAAUACCUUUUACACAGAUGCAAAGGACCUGGACCAAAGGCAGUAAGACUUUAAAGCAAACACUGGUGUACAUAAAGAUUUCAAAGUCUCUGUUGGCAUGUCAGCUGCCCUUUUUCUCUAUAGUCAACUUGGACCUGACUAUGUUGUUUUGUCACAAAAUGAACAUUGUGUCAGCUGCAUGUAGUUACCGUUCCAGAAUGCAAAAGUAUCCUGAUGUGAUAGUCAAGCUAGUGCUUUUACAAUGUGUCGUUUUGUUUAUAAUUGGGGCCAAUGGUGUAGGAAUGUACAGUAGUUUGAAGCAAUCAUAAUAAUGCACCAUUAAUUGCCCAUGCAAUACUCAGUACACUAUGCUCUUGAAUAAAUUAUCUUUUGUAAAGUGA